AUGCAAGAUCACGACUUCAUUCUGGAAGCGAGCCAUCGUCAGUGCGUGGAGGAGCUUUUCGACGAUUACGCCGAUGACUUCGAUCGGCAUCUGGGAGCCCUCCGCUAUGAUAUUCCAAGCUGUUUGCUGGACAUGCUGCCUAUGGCCAAAUUCAACCGCUGCAUUGAUCUGGGAUGCGGCACGGGCCUGGCGGGUGCCCGUGUGCGCGCUCGCUGCACACAGCUGGAGGGGGUCGACCUUUCGCAGUGCAUGAUUGAGAAGGCCCGGGAGAAGGAGAUCUACGAUGACCUUCACUGCCGGGAUUUGGUGGCCCAUCUGCGCCGACAGGCUGACAGCACUUGCGAUCUGAUCAUUGCCACGGAUGUGGUCAUGUAUCUCUACUCUAUUGCGCCCUUCAUCGCGGAGGCAGAGCGGGUGUUGUCAGUUGGUGGCAUUCUGGCCUUUUCUACUGAAUCUGCCUCAGAAGAUGAAGCGCCGACUGGCGUCAUUGAAAGAGCAAGCGAGCGCUUUGCUCACACAAGAAAGCUUAUUUUGGAGCUUGCAGCCCACUUCACCGCGGAAGACGUGAAGGAAGUGGAUGUCCGGCUUGAUGGUUCUGCAGGUCCCAUCAAAGGAGAUAUCUUCCUGCUGCGUCUGCAAGCCAAGUGGAGAUGGCAGGAGGCCGCCUUUGUUCUUGAAGAUGACGCGAAGGUCUCUGCUGCCUUGAACAUGGAGGAUAUGGGCAGUCUCCUUGAUUGGGACUCACACAUCUUGCAUGCAGACGGGCUGCUUCGCGAGGAACAGCGACUAGCUCUUUUCCCCGCUGGCAAGACAACUCCCGGCUUCGGAGCCAGACAGCAGCAGUACAAGCAGCUGGCCCUACGGCUGGGCCGCAUCCGCUUCCCGGAGAAGGCAGUGAGACGCGGUAUUGCUGGCAAAGGUGGACAGGAUGCCCAGGCCCAUGGGAAAGCGACCAAGGAAGCUGAUGCCGUCCCGGAGCCAAAGAAGCCCGCGGAGACGGCCAAAGAGGCGGAGUUUAAGGAGGCGUUGAAGAAGCACAAGGAGCAGGUCUUGAAAGAUGAGGACCAGAUCUUCGGUCGUAAGUUCACAAAGUCAGCGCCCGACCACUCCCAGGAGCAGAGAAAGGAGGAGGAAGAGCUCAGGGAGAAAGCGAAGAAGAGGCUGGAAAUGGAGCGCAAAGCAAAGGACAUGCUGAAGGCGCUGCCGCCAAUUCCGGAGGACGGCCAUGCAAACCAUCGCAGCUGGGAGGCGCAGCUGUCUGCCAGCGACGUGAAGCAGGAACUGCAAGCGAGUCGCGAGAUGGACGCUUUGCGGUCCAAGCAGCAUGCAGAUCCUGGCGCACUCCUGGCAAAGGACCUGCGUGGAGCCUUUCUCACCUACUUGGGCUCCAACAGCCCGCACCAUCUUGCCUCUGCCAGUGCCCGUGCAAGCGCUGGCGAGGAGGCAGACAUGGCGCAUCACCAGAGUUGGGAGGCCAAGCUUACGGCCGAAGACAUGAAAAAUCAGAUGCUUUCAAGUCGUGAGCGCGACUCCUUGGCAUCUUCUGUGGUGGGCAGUGCAGAUGCAAACAAAACUCUGAGGGAACGUGACGAAGGUGUCGGUGGUGCAGGAGGAAAGGGCAAGAACAUCGGCGACGACGAGGAUGCCAAAGACAAAGUGGAAGUAGGCUCGUCCGGCGGUUCGGGCACGUUGCUGCCGCUGAUUCACCAGGUGGGUCAGUCCAUUGGCCUGAACGAUGUCCUGAAGAACAGCGUCGAGAGCUUCAACCUGGCCUUCAGACAAUCUCCAUAUCCUAAGUUCUUCUGUGGCAAGGAGGGUGAGACUACGAGGGAGCUGGAGGAAAAUGAUCAUCCAGCUCUCUACUUCUCCUUUCCUGUUCGGAACGUCAGCGUCACGCUCACGAACCUCGGCAAGAAUGGAAAGGGGCCCGAGGAGGUGGUGUGGGAUGCAGAGUUUUCGAGUCGCAAGGACUUCAAAGGAGUUUUAGGCACCAUGCGCCCAACUGGUGGCACGAAGCCCCGGUACAAGCCACCCUGCUUUCCUGCCAAGACCAAGUACCGAAUGCAGUUGCGAGUGAUAUCUGAAGAUGAAGGUGAAGCUGCUGGUCCAGAUCGCAGCAUCGAUGAAGAUGCUGAGUUUGAGGUCCAACUUCUCGACAGGAAUGAUCCCUUGAUGCAAGAGAGGCUGAAAGAUGCAGAGAACCACUACGACGGCGUCCGGUCGGGGGACUCUUUCGGCUCAGGGACAAGUGGUUCUGGGCUUCCUGGUGCAGUCUCUGGCCCCGCGAAUCAAGACAAGAUUGGCAAGAUGCUCAAGGAGUUGAUGAAGUUCGAGAAGCGGCCAGCCAGCAACAUGAGCAAAGGCCAGCUCCUCGCACAGCCAGACUUUCCUAUUUGCACUUCCUCUAGCUGGACCAGUUUGGAUUGUCCGUCAGAUCGAGCAAAGCUCUCUGUCAUGACGGUUAUCCACCUCGUAGGUGCCAAGGGUCUUGGAUCAGCUUCUGCACAGAAGCUGUGGAAGAACAAGACCGAAGACUCGGAGCCGCGUCCACUUCAGAUCGAGUACAACAGUGGCUUGUCAGCAGAAGACAACGAGAUAUUCGAGGAUCUUGGCCUACCGGGACAUCAGAAGGUCGCGGAAACAGUUUUCGAAGACCCGGAAGAGGCCGGCAUUCGACCCCGGCUCCUGGUUCCUUUGCAGUCCGUGCUCGGUCUAAAGGCUUUGUGUGAGCGGGAGUACAUUCGCACGGAGACGGUGACCGAGAUGCUGAAUCAGUGCCGCACCGCUUACUACAAGGAGCUGCUCUAUCUCCGAGAGCAACUCAUCCUGGCAGCAGAACCGGAGAAGCAAAUGCUGCUGGCAUCCGUUCAGAACUACGAGGUCUACUACUUCAACCCUCCAGCCUACGUCGACGAAGACCUGAAAGAGUACAUCAUGAACUGCAGCAGAUGGACCCACAAGAAGCUGAUAGAAGAGAACUAUGAGCUCCAGAUGAAGCUUGCAGGACAAGAGGACGUCUUUGAGAAUGUCGACUUUUGCUUGAAAGGUCUUCUUCGGAGACACGGGACGUACAAAGUCUUCAAGACCACGCACAACAUCGUAAAGAAUGCCAAGGACCUCUUCAAUCCUGAGGACAUGAUCCGCAAGAAAGAGAUGGAGGGCCUGAAGCCCAUCGACGAAUUGCAGGCAGCCGUCGUCGAGCUCUUCCCGAACCUCAAAGCCAAAGACGACAAUUCGGGCCUCCUCCUGGCAGAGAUCGAGGAGCUCCAGCAGUCUGUGACCCAGUUGAGAGCAGAAUUGGCCAAGACGAAGGAUCUCCUGGAGAAGGAAAGAAAUCGUGCCAACGAGCUGAAUCGGAAGUGCGAUGAGCAGAAGCAGCUCCUCGAAAAGCCGCGUGCGGAGGAGGUGGAAGUCGUGAAGAAGGUGGACAACGAAGCAACCUUGGAGGAGCUGAAGCAGCUCAAGGAGCUCAGGCAGGAAAUGGAACAGGAGGCCCAGGCGCAGGCAAGACGGCUGCGAAAGCAGCUGGACGAGUUCGCCGCAGCCAAAUCUUUGCCUUCAGGAAGCUCCAAGGCGGAUCCCAAGAAGCAUCUGCAGAAGCUGGACGAGGCAAUCUCCGAUGCGGAGCAGCUCCUUCAAGCAGCUGCGAGCUUGCCGCAGCAGGUGGUGACGAAAGUCCAGGGCGCUACCAAGCAAGUUGUGGAUAAAAGUGGAGAAGAAAAUGCUUUGAAGGAGCUGCAGCAGCUCAGACAAGAGCUGGAGGCUUUGAAAGCCAAGCUUGCGGCUGCCGAGAAGCGGGAGCGGGAAGCCUUGCAGAAGCUCAAGGAGCUGCAGAACAGGCCCGACAAGGUCGAGAAGUCCGACUCAGCAGGACCCAUUCCGGACGAUUACGAAGAAAUCAAGACGCGCCUGGAGCGGAAAAUCGCCAGGAUUGCGGAGUUAGAGGUGGAACUGGACCAGACGAAGCGGGACCUGCGAGCUGCCAAUCGCAAAGUUGAAGAGCAGGAGCUGCUGCUUCAAGAGAAGGGCAGGAAGGAUGCAGAAAAGGCCAAGCAAUUGUCCGACCUCAUGGAGAAACUUCGGAAGUCCGAAGAGGAGGCCGACAAUCUUGGAGGCAAGCUGUACAAUGCCCAAGAGAAGAUCAAGAAGCUCAAAGAAGAGAUCCGGGACCUGAAGAACAAGCUAGGAAUCAAAGUGGAGGAGAGUGAGGGGGAGGAAGAGGAAGAAGCAGAGGACGCACCGAGCUUCAUGAGCCGCUAUGCCAUCCGAGCGAAAAACAGUGGAAAGCCACGGUGGAUGCUGCUGAGCGAGGAUGCAAAGCUGAAAAGUCAGAAGACAGAGCACAUGCAGAGUCAAGCCCACCAGCAUGUCGGCAGCAGCUUCCAGGCGGCCAAUGCCUUGCAAUUCCUGAGGCGCGCGCCCUCCUCCCCGGAGAGUCGGAAGCCCCGUGGCGUUCGCUUACAGUACGGUGACACGCAGGAGUGGUACACUCCUGAUGCAAGCAUGGGCUAUGGCUAUGGCAUGGGAGACGGUACUCCAGCGACUCCAGCUCCCGGAGGGUUCAGCAGGCAGGGAAGCUUCCAGAUGGGCCAAACCUUUACAGAUGGCUCUGCCGCGAGCCCCGGCGGUCCUCGGCUCCUGACGUCCCAGGGCUCGAUGACCUUCUCCGGAGAUGCAUCGCCGCAGCGGUCUCUGACGCAGAGCUUCAGCAGGCAGGGUACGGCCAGUAUGGCUGGUUUGGGCAUGCGCUCUUCAGGGAGUCCCAUGAUGGGCAACCCCAUGAUGGGCAGCCCCAUGGUGGGCAGCCCCACAAUGGGCGGCAACUCGAGGCAAGGCACGCCUCCGCUGGUCCACGCCCUCGGAAUGCCGGGAUCAGGCGUUGGAUUUACUGGCAGGCCAGGUGCUCUCGUCGCCGCAGGGCCCGCAGGCAGCGCGGGCCCGUCCGGCGGUCUUCCAGGAAGGGGGAUGGCCAAUCCUACAGGCCCGCAGCUCUUCGGACAGAGGCAGGGCACACCACCAGGCAUGCCGAAGGAGUCGCUGGCUGGGCCAAGGAUGGCGUCUUCGACAUCGGGGCUCGUAGGUGACUCUAUGGGCGUCGUAAGGUUCGAGGCGGUGCCAGGCAUGCACAGCACUCCUUUGGGCCAAGGAACUGGGAGCUCGAGCCUCUCCGUGUUUGGCCUUUCAGGCCCUGCGAGCCCCACAAGCCCGAGCGACUUGGGAGCGGAUGGGGCUGCCAUGCCCACAGCUGCAGGCAGCGGACCCGGGGCCUCUCCUCUGCGUCUGCCUCCAGGUGCAGCAGACGAUAUUCGAAGUUCGUCUUCAAUGGCACUGUCCGCCGACGGCAGGCAUCCAGCCUUCCUUCAUGCCAACUCGGCAUCAAUGUCGCCAAGCUCCUUUAGGCUCCAUCAUGUUGGCCUGGCUUCGGGCGGUAGCUCUCCAACUGAUGCUCCGCUUGAGUUGAUUCCGCAGGAUUACUAUGGCCCACGCCAAGCUUCUUCGCCCAGCCGACGAGGUCCCCUGCAGCCUUUGCGACAGAACAGCUCAGCCGCUAUGUCAAUGCCGCUGACUCCUGGGAUAGGAGGAGGAGACGCCUCCUUGACACUUCCGGACGAUGCCAUGGUGCCGCGGCGACUAGUGAUGGAUCCCGGAAGUCAAUCGGUACCAGUUUGGCGGAAGCAGCCAGAUUUGCCAUCGGAGAGUUCUACUCGAGCGACAGAUCAGUCCACCCCGACGCCUUCUCGUGAGUCCUCCCAGGUGCCUCGGCCCCCACUGCACAAGUCGCCCACAUCACCAGUUCUCAGCAAUGGCAUGCGUGGGCCUCAGCCCUGGUCACUUGAUUUGAACAGCCAGCAUGCAGCGACAUUCACGUCUUGCUUGGCAUUGAUUCUGCCUCCUGCUGAAAGCUAA